UUUUAAAAUAACUUUGUGUAACAUUUGUUGUUUAACUCAUAUAUAAACAGUACAAUAAUUUAUCAAAAAACACAUUAAAGUUGUACAGAAAAAUAAUAAUAACACGUCAAAAUUCAAAUAGUAAAACUAAUAAGUGUCAACAAUGAGAGUUGUAACAAUUAUUAUUUUAUUAAUCGUGGUUAACUUUGUAAGCAUGCAAAAUUCUUGCCAAAAAUGCUCAAAAAAUAAUACUAACCAAAAAAAUAAAAAUGAUAAACAGCCAAAAUGUCAGUGUAAAAAUGCUUCAAAUACAGAUAAUAAGGACAUUAAGUUUACAAAAGUUAAGUUAAAUAAUAUUCAGUGGAAUGUCAAGAAACAAAAAAACCCAAUCUUAAAAAAGGAUAACAAACUUAUAAAAAUAGAUCAAGAUAAUGAUUUAGGUGAUAAUAUUGACGAUUCAGAUGACAGCGAUAAUGAUUCAGGCGGUAAAAGUGUUAUGACAAAUCGUAAUAUUCAAUCGAGUAGUUCAAGUGAGAGCGAUUCUGGAGAUAGCAAAUAUAUUAAAUAUGCUGUGAUAUAUUCAUCAACAACUAAUUCAAAUAAUUAAAAUGAUUGAAAAAAAUAACUACAGAUACAUUAUUUUUAUUAUUAAAUCAAUCAUACUUUUCUUUAAGUAAUAAAAAAUUAUUAUCGGCUGUAUUUUUAUCAUACAUACACCACUCAUUAUUUAUUAGUCAUAAAAUCUAAUGUAUACAAUUUAUGUGAAUUUUCUACACUUUUACAAGAAAUAGCAACAAUAAAACUCUAUGGAACAUUAUGUAAUAAUUAAAUAAAUAAACUGUAAUAAUUAAUAGAUCAAUUAAUAAAGAGAUAACGGUCAAGUUAGUGACACUUAUUGUAUAUUAUAA